UCCUCCUUGACAUCACAGCAGGCAGAGGCGCUCCUGCGCCGUGAUCCAAACUCCAUUUACAAAGCCAACGGGAGACCUGUACGGACAAACCCGGGAUUUAAUACAGACCAUUUCGUGCGAUUUAGAGCGAUGAGGGAUUCCAAAGGCUUAACGCACCCAGCAUCAUCAAAGAAGAGGCUGGUAAGAUCGAUUAUUUGAAAGGUUUGGCCCACAGGACAGGGUGCAUGUUACUCGGCGGACUUCAUUUCCUCGAUGCUGCAGCGCCGGAGGUGCAUGACAUGAUGCUGCAGAGUCCGCUCACCUCCACGCCGUUUUCGGUCAAGGAUAUCCUGAAGCUGGAGCAGCAGCACUCCGGGGAGCUGCAGCACCGGGCCCAGCAGUACUUAGGCUCCACGCCGCAGCACUUCCAAACCCCGCCGUCGUGCAUGCUCGCGGCGGCACGGGACAGCCCGUCGUUCUCGGACGGAGAGGACAACUUGGCCUACCUCAGCGCGCUGGCGGUGCGGGAGGAAGAGCGCGCGGAGACCAGCCUGUCGCCGGACAUGUACGCGCACUCCACGCUGCACGGAACCAAGAUGGAGGCCGUGGAUCUGGAGGAGCAGGAGCCCAAGAGCUGCGUACUGGUGUCCCGGGAGGAGGCGGCGGAGGGCGCGCAGCUGGACGCGGAGCGGCCGGCGCAGAAGCAGCGGAGCCGGCGCAGACCCAGGGUGCUCUUCUCGCAGGCGCAGGUGUUCGAGCUGGAGCGGCGCUUCAAGCAGCAGCGCUACCUGUCGGCGCCGGAGCGGGAGCACCUGGCGACCACACUCAAACUCACCUCCAACCAGGUCAAGAUCUGGUUCCAGAACCGGCGCUACAAGUGCAAGCGGCAGCGGCAGGACAAGUCUCUGGAGGCGGCGGGGCAGCACCACCCUCCGCCGCCGCGGCGCGUCGCCGUGCCUGUGCUGGUGCGCGACGGGAAGCCGUGUCUGAGCGGGGCGCAAAGCUACGCCGCUGCCGCCACUCCGUACGGAUCCAACCCGUACAGUUAUAACGGAUAUCCGGCGUACACCUACAACAGCCCCGCUUACAACACCAACUACAGCUGCACCUACAGCACCAUCCCCGCCCUGCCCGCGGCCGGAACCCCCAACGCCUUCAUGAACAUGAACUUGGGGAACGUCAGCGGCCUUGGCGGCUCUGCGCAGCCCCAAGCACACCAAGGGACAGCGGUCACAUCCUGCCAGGGGUCCCUGCAGGGGAUCCGGGCCUGGUAGCCUCAGCACAACUUCAGCACGGAGCUUCGUUUUGGCUCAAGAACGCGUCAGUAUUGUGAGUUUGGACAUGUCACUUAUAUUUGGCGCUCAGCCAAGUGCAAUUAAGCGGGAAUUACUGUGCGUAAAGACCGUUUGAAACGCCACAGCUUCGUUAGGAGAUGUAUUUUUCUCCCCCAGCGAUUAGUGGCGCUGAUGGAGAUGUACGGAGGGGAGUUUGCGCAUUUUCCCUUAUUUCGUAAAAACAAACA